AUGUCUUCCAACGCCACAUAUGACUUUGUCGUGCCCAUCUUCAUCAAGGGCCUCACAACAUACGACCACAUUCUCUCCAAGGCUGAGGCAUACGCAAAGGAAAAGGGCGUUGAUGUCGACGCAACUUUCUUCGAGGCACGUCUGGUCGACGACCAGUUGCCGUUGAACUUCCAGGUCCAGAUCACGGCCAAGAUCGCACAGAUCAACCUCGGCCGCCUGACGGGACAGGAGAUCACGCCCUUCGAAGCUGAUGAGAAGACUGUGGCCGGUCUCCGGAAAGUGGUUCAGAAGACACUCGACCUGCUGAAGUCUGCCGACGCAAGCAAGGCCGCUGGGAGGGAGGAGGCCACCGUUGACCUUCCUGCCCUCGGAAAGACACACAAGUCUACCGUCAAGGCUGCAGUGGUCAACCACGGUCUUCCCAACUUUUACUUCCACUUGGUCACCGGCUACUCGAUCAUCCGCGCCAGGGGUGUGCAGGUUGGCAAGGCCGACUACCUUUCUAGUUUCUUGGGAUUCUAG